AUGCUCUCCCCGAACGAUCAAUCACGAGCGCAGGCGAUAGCGUUUGGUUCCAUUGCAGGCAUGGCGGCGGGCUCGAGCGCGUCAGGGAGUGCAGUGAGCGCGUCAGGGGGAAGUGCACUGAGCGUGGGCCAAAACGGCCGGAUGAAGCGACGGAGAGGCGACGUUGGAACGCCUCUUGACGCCGCAGCAGUAGGCGCGUGCAGUGGGGUCCGGCAAGCUGACCGCGCGGGUUCGAAUCUCGGCGUCAGCAGCGGCAGUGGCGAAGGCUCGGCAGCAGCUGGUGCGAGCUGCGAGGAGCGCGCUCGACUGGCAGCGCAAGCAGGUGGCUCCGGCGGUCAUGCCGCGGGCGCCGCUGCAGAGAUGGAUUCAGCCGUCGCGGCUGUUGCUGCCGCGGGUGCUCCCCCGCGCCCUGCCGUCGCGCUGGCGGCUGCUGCUGUUGCACACGCCGCUGGGACGACGGAUGAGGCUGCUGGGGUUGCUGGUAGUGGCGCUGGUUCUGGAACCACUGGCGCCAUCCCUGCUGCUGCCGCUGCAGUGGGGCGUGCUACAGCCUGCGCGCGUGAAGGUUCUGCCGUCCCCUGUGCUGAGACGGCAGCACACACCAGCGGUAGCGCUGCUCGCCUCGCUGCCGAGCCUGCUCUCCCUGCUGCACCCGCCGCUGCCACUCCUGCUGCUGCUGCAGGACAGGCGCUGCAAGGAGCGGUGGCGAUUGUGGGUGGCGCCGCAAGCAGUGCUGCGCGCGAGCGUGCAGGAGGGGGCGCAGCGCAAGGGGGGCCCAGUGCAGGAGCGGAGAGAGCAGGGGGGAGCGGAGGAGAGGGGGGUGGGGGAGCGGGUGGGGACGAGGAGGUGGCGCGGGCGGCACAGCUGGCGGAGGACGAGCGGCUGGCGAGGGAGCUGCAGCGCGCAUUCGAGGAGGAGAGCAGCAUCCCGUUCGUGAGUGCUCCGUGCAUGGCAUGGCAUGGCAUGUCAUGGCAUGGCAUGGCAUGGCAUGGCAUGUGUCACGUCAUUCUGCGUCCAUUCUGGGACUGUGCUGCAUGCGCUGUGCUGCAUGCGCUGUGCUGCAUGCGCUGUGCUGCAUGCGCUGUGCUGCAUGCGCUGUGCUGCAUGCGCUGUGCUGCAUGCGCUGUGCUGCAUGCGCUGUGCUGCAUGCGCUGUGCUGCAUGCGCUGUGCUGCAUGCGCUGUGCUGCAUGCGCUGUGCUGCAUGCGCUGUGCUGCAUGCGCUGUGCUGCAUGCGCUGUGCUGCAUGCGCUGUGCUGCAUGCGCUGUGCUGCAUGCGCUGUGCUGCAUGCGCUGUGCUGCAUGCGCUGUGCUGCAUGCGCUGUGCUGCAUGCGCUGUGCUGCAUGCGCUGUGCUGCAUGCGCUGUGCUGCAUGCGCUGUGCUGCAUGCGCUGUGCUGCAUGCGCUGUGCUGCAUGCGCUGUGCUGCAUGCGCUGUGCUGCAUGCGCUGUGCUGCAUGCGCUGUGCUGCAUGCGCUGUGCUGCAUGCGCUGUGCUGCAUGCGCUGUGCUGCAUGCGCUGUGCUGCAUGCGCUGUGCUGCAUGCGCUGUGCUGCAUGCGCUGUGCUGCAUGCGCUGUGCUGCAUGCGCUGUGCUGCAUGCGCUGUGCUGCAUGCGCUGUGCUGCAUGCGCUGUGCUGCAUGCGCUGUGCUGCAUGCGCUGUGCUGCAUGCGCUGUGCUGCAUGCGCUGUGCUGCAUGCGCUGUGCUGCAUGCGCUGUGCUGCAUGCGCUGUGCUGCAUGCGCUGUGCUGCGCUGCAUGCGCUGUGCUGCAUGCGCUGUGCUGCAUGCGCUGUGCUGCAUGCGCUGUGCUGCAUGCGCUGUGCUGCAUGCGCUGUGCUGCAUGCGCUGUGCUGCAUGCGCUGUGCUGCAUGCGCUGUGCUGCAUGCGCUGUGCUGCAUGCGCUGUGCUGCAUGCGCUGUGCUGCAUGCGCUGUGCUGCAUGCGCUGUGCUGCAUGCGCUGUGCUGCAUGCGCUGUGCUGCAUGCGCUGUGCUGCAUGCGCUGUGCUGCAUGCGCUGUGCUGCAUGCGCUGUGCUGCAUGCGCUGUGCUGCAUGCGCUGUGCUGCAUGCGCUGUGCUGCAUGCGCUGUGCUGCAUGCGCUGUGCUGCAUGCGCUGUGCUGCAUGCGCUGUGCUGCAUGCGCUGUGCUGCAUGCGCUGUGCUGCAUGCGCUGUGCUGCAUGCGCUGUGCUGCAUGCGCUGUGCUGCAUGCGCUGUGCUGCAUGCGCUGUGCUGCAUGCGCUGUGCUGCAUGCGCUGUGCUGCAUGCGCUGUGCUGCAUGCGCUGUGCUGCAUGCGCUGUGCUGCAUGCGCUGUGCUGCAUGCGCUGUGCUGCAUGCGCUGUGCUGCAUGCGCUGUGCUGCAUGCGCUGUGCUGCAUGCGCUGUGCUGCAUGCGCUGUGCUGCAUGCGCUGUGCUGCAUGCGCUGUGCUGCAUGCGCUGUGCUGCAUGCGCUGUGCUGCAUGCGCUGUGCUGCAUGCGCUGUGCUGCAUGCGCUGUGCUGCAUGCGCUGUGCUGCAUGCGCUGUGCUGCAUGCGCUGUGCUGCAUGCGCUGUGCUGCAUGCGCUGUGCUGCAUGCGCUGUGCUGCAUGCGCUGUGCUGCAUGCGCUGUGCUGCAUGCGCUGUGCUGCAUGCGCUGUGCUGCAUGCGCUGUGCUGCAUGCGCUGUGCUGCAUGCGCUGUGCUGCAUGCGCUGUGCUGCAUGCGCUGUGCUGCAUGCGCUGUGCUGCAUGCGCUGUGCUGCAUGCGCUGUGCUGCAUGCGCUGUGCUGCAUGCGCUGUGCUGCAUGCGCUGUGCUGCAUGCGCUGUGCUGCAUGCGCUGUGCUGCAUGCGCUGUGCUGCAUGCGCUGUGCUGCAUGCGCUGUGCUGCAUGCGCUGUGCUGCAUGCGCUGUGCUGCAUGCGCUGUGCUGCAUGCGCUGUGCUGCAUGCGCUGUGCUGCAUGCGCUGUGCUGCAUGCGCUGUGCUGCAUGCGCUGUGCUGCAUGCGCUGUGCUGCAUGCGCUGUGCUGCAUGCGCUGUGCUGCAUGCGCUGUGCUGCAUGCGCUGUGCUGCAUGCGCUGUGCUGCAUGCGCUGUGCUGCAUGCGCUGUGCUGCAUGCGCUGUGCUGCAUGCCGCUGCAUGCGCUGUGCUGCAUGCGCUGUGCUGCAUGCGCUGUGCUGCAUGCGCUGUGCUGCAUGCGCUGUGCUGCAUGCGCUGUGCUGCAUGCGCUGUGCUGCAUGCGCUGUGCUGCAUGCGCUGUGCUGCAUGCGCUGUGCUGCAUGCGCUGUGCUGCAUGCGCUGUGCUGCAUGCGCUGUGCUGCAUGCGCUGUGCUGCAUGCGCUGUGCUGCAUGCGCUGUGCUGCAUGCGCUGUGCUGCAUGCGCUGUGCUGCAUGCGCUGUGCUGCAUGCGCUGUGCUGCAUGCGCUGUGCUGCAUGCGCUGUGCUGCAUGCGCUGUGCUGCAUGCGCUGUGCUGCAUGCGCUGUGCUGCAUGCGCUGUGCUGCAUGCGCUGUGCUGCAUGCGCUGUGCUGCAUGCGCUGUGCUGCAUGCGCUGUGCUGCAUGCGCUGUGCUGCAUGCGCUGUGCUGCAUGCGCUGUGCUGCAUGCGCUGUGCUGCAUGCGCUGUGCUGCAUGCGCUGUGCUGCAUGCGCUGUGCUGCAUGCGCUGUGCUGCAUGCGCUGUGCUGCAUGCGCUGUGCUGCAUGCGCUGUGCUGCAUGCGCUGUGCUGCAUGCGCUGUGCUGCAUGCGCUGUGCUUCCAUUCCGUUCUCCCUGAUCCCUCUCCCGCGACAACCCAUCGAUUCCCCCCACCCCUGCUCUGCCACACCACCAUCGAUUCCCUGUGUUGCUCUCUUCUGCUCUCUUCUCUCCUCCACCCCCUGGGGCGGGGACUGGCGACGGACUACCAGCUGGCGAUGCUGCUGCAGGCGGAGGAGACGCAGCACCUGCGCUCCCGCGUGCUCCGCUCCUCCCACGCCCCUCGGCAGCAAGCACGCGGGCACAGCGGACAGCACACGGGCGAGCGCCCCUCCCUUGCCCCCUCUGCUGCCUCUGCUCCGUGCACGCUUGCUGCGCAGGCUGGGGGGGCUGCCGACGCUGCCAGUGGGCUAGCAGGGAGGGGCGUGGUGGAAGGCGUGGAAGGGGGCGAGGAGGACGGUGGUGGUGCGCAGAGGAGGGCAGAGCACAGGGAGAGGGAGGUGGCGGGGAGUGAGGUGGUGGUGAGAGUAGCGGGGGGUGAUUCUGCAGGGGCUGCUGGCGGAAGCACUGAUGCUGGCAGCGCAGGUGCUUUUGGUGUGAUUGGCAGCACUGCCGGUGGCACUGGUGGUGGUGGUAUUGCAGGUGCACUCAACCCCCCCGUGGCUGCAGUGCCACCUGCCCCCCUGAGACCACUGGAAGCUGCCCGUUUGGCUCGGCCGAGCAUGGCAGCACCUGCAGAACGUGCCACGUCAGCAUCAGCAGGCCGUGCCACGUCAGCACUAACAAGCUACGGGCGAUGGCUGAGGAGAGAGGCGAUGGCCGAAACAGUGGCAGCGGCAACAGCGCUGCGCAGUCAGCAGCAGCGAGCUGGGGGAUUCGGGGCAGGCGGAUUGGGGGAGGGCAUGAGUGCGUGGGAGAUGCAGCAGGAGGCGCAAGACGCGGCUGACUUCAGAGUGCUGCUGCGUGUGGAUGGCGUCCUGCCGAGACAAUCUGCUCGGCGCCUACAGCCUUCGAGGGCGCAGACUGCUGGAGCUGCGCAAGAAGCAUCUGAACAAGCACCUGAAGAAGCACCUGAACGAGCACCUGAACAAGCAACUGAACAAGCACCUGAAGAAAUACCAGGACAAGCACCUGAACAAACGCCCGAGGAGGGGAGACGUGAAGGGCCCAUUGCGGAGGCAGCUGCAGCUACAGAUGGGGCUGUGGCAACAGGUGGAGGGGUCGCACCCUGGGAGGCGGAGGUGAGAGAGGAAGAGGAGGCGGAAGAGGAGGAUGAGGAUGAGGAUGAGGAAGUGGAUGAGGAAGUGGAUGAGGAGAUCGAGAUGGUGGAGCUUGAUGGGUCGAGGCUGGAUAUGGGGCUGCUGGAAGGCAGUGCAGGCGAGGAAGCUUAUAUGGAGGAUAUGAUGGAUGGGGGCCAUGAGGGGCAUGAGGUGGAUGAGGAAGCGCUGAACGAGGUGGAUGACGCGUUUGACUUUGACGUUGCUCUGGGGGACGCCACCCCCCGCGUGGAUCACAUACCCCGUCCUGCCGCCUUGCCUGGCGGUGACGGCGCUCUGCCUGUGGGGGUGCAUGGGGGGCAAAGGGGGCACGGAGGGCAUGGAGGGCAUGGAGGGCGCGAGUGGGGGCAGGCCAGGAGAGGGGUGCCGUGGUUCCCUGGCAGGCUUGUGGAGGAGGCGGAGCAGUGGCAGGCGCGCGUGGCACGGCGGUGGGGGCAGGCAGGGGGACCGGCUGGGGCUGGCGAGCAGUCAAUGGGGGUUGCUGCUGGCAGAGGGGGAGGAGAGGGUGCUGGGAUGCCGGGCAUGGGUGCUGUGAGUCUAGGGGCGUGGCACGAGACAGCAGAGGCAGAGGCAGAGGCAGAGGCAGGCACUGGUGUGAUGCCCACAGCCUCUGAGCUGCCCUCUCCAUCGGCUGAUCACGCUGCUGCCCCUUCCUCACCCUCUUUCCGCAAUCUCCCCUCCUCCCCUGCCUCACCUUCCCUCCGCAACCUCCCCUCCUCGCCCGCCUCUCCCUCUUUCCGCAACUUCCCCUCCCCUCCGCACUCGCCCCCCACGCACGGCCCGCUGCAGCGUGGGAGAGCCGGGCUGCAUGCGGCGCCCCACGCUCAUGCCAUGGGCGCCGGCGGGCGCGAUAGGAGGCAGGGCGAGGGGGGUGCCAUGGAUGCUGCUGCUGGUGGUGGAGGGGGCGCAGGGGCCAGCAGUGCAUUCUCCUUCGGCACACCGGCUGAGUCCACCGCCUCUGUGGGCAUGCGCAUGCGCAGGAGGGGGUUUGUGCGCGCAUCGCUACUGCACGCCACCCCGGCCCUCACCACACGCCCCUCCUCUCCACCUCCUCCCGCUGCUGCUCCUCCUGCUCCUCCCCCUGCUGACCCGCCUUCGACUGCUCGAGCUCAGCCUCACCCCGCUGGUCGGCCUGCCACCACCUCGGCCUCGCCCCACGCGCCGCUGCCUCUGCCGGCGGACUCCCCCUGGGCGCUGGGCAUGCGCGCCCGCGUGGGCGAGGGGCGCCUGCCCGCCCGCACACGCGCCAGAGUGCCACUGCGCCCCUCAUCGCGCUCCGCUGCCAUGGGAGCGGGCGGCGAUUCGGGCGGCAACUCGGGCAGUGUGGGCAGCACCAGACCCGCCGCCCUUGGCGCCCCCGCCAUCCUGCCUGCCUUUACACCCCAUGGUAUCUCACCGCAUACCAUCACACUGCCCGUGGGUCCUGGCGAGGCGGAAGCAGCAGGGCAGUUGUUGUCGGGGCAGCGGUGGGAGCAGGCAGUGCGUGUGGGCGCCCUCCACACGGGCGCGCUGCAACACGGUGGGGGGGGUGGAGCACCUUCAGCAGCAGCAGCAGCAGGCGAGUCGCCAGUGUUGGAUGCAGCAGCAGUUACUGGCAGUGCGGUGGAAGGGGUGUUGAGAGGCGAAGGGGCAGUGGAGCAGGAUGUGUUUGGAGGGGAUGAGAGGACCACACACAGGAGGGAGGUUAGGGAGGGGAGGGUGGGGGGGCGGGGCGGAGGAGAGGGGCAAUGGGGGGAGGGCAACGGGGGGGGCAACGAGGGGGGCAGUGCGGAGAUGGCUGAAUCAGAUGGUAGCAGCACUCCCCCGCGCGCACCCCAUGGCAGGUCAGCUCAUGGCAGGUCCCGGCACGGGCGGCCGUGGCGGGGUGAGGCAAGGCAGUUGCGGGGCAGGGAGGAGGAUGGCCGUGACAGGGCUGCUGCACGCAUGCGGGCGAGGGUGGCGAGCAGGGCUGGACGGACGAGCAGGGGCAGGGGGGAGUGGGAGGCAGCGGUUGGCAGGAGUGAUGGGGUGAGGGACGGCGGGCAUCUGAUGGGUGUGGGUGGUGGGGGUGAGCGUGGCAGGGGAGUGGGUGGGGAGGGCCGUGGGCAUGGCAUGGAUGAGCAGAGCUGGUUGGAGGGUGUGGGGAUGGGUGUAGGCAGGCAGGGGAGUGACCGCACUGCUGCACUGCCUUCGCACCCCACACCUCCUGUGCCGGCCCGCCCACUGCCGUCUGAUGCCCUGCCCCCCGUGGGUGCUCAGCCCUUGCUGCUGCCGUCCUUUGCCGCCCAGCACAGAGUGCCGCGUGCCUGGCGCCCUGCUGGCCCUGGCAGGAGUGGUGGCGGCGAGGGUGGCCGGGGGAAUGGCGAGGAGGCAGGGGAGAGCGGAGAGGGUGGAGAGACUGGGUUCUUGUUUCAAAGGGGGCGUGGGUUUGAAAGGGAUGGUGCCGCAGUAGAUGUGGCUGCUGGAGUUGCUGAUGGUGCUGGGAUGAGUGGGGAGGCCGGUGAGGGAAUGAACAGAAGCGAGGGAAUGAGCAAUGCCAAUGCUGUAGCCCAUGGUGCAGCCCAUGCUGUGAGUCGACCUCCUCACUAUGCUGUCCCAGCCACCGUGACCCAUGCCGCAGCCACAGACGCCCAUGCCAUGCCACCACAUGACGGCCUUGCCACAGCACCCCCGCAUGCCCGCCCUGCCGCAGCAGCACCACAUGACCCCUCGCCCUCAGCCCCGCCUGCCACGGCCGACCUGCCUCUCGCCCCGCACUGGAGCCCCCUCCUCCUGCCCUCCGCGCUCUCCCCCCCCGCACCUCCUCAGGCAGGCUGGCAGGUGCCGCGCAGCAGGGCGGUGGGGGGUAGACAGGGGGGGGAGGCAGGGGGGCUGGACGCGUGGAGGGAGCGGAGGAGGGGCAUGGGCGCAGGCGACGGGGGCGAGCGGAGGAGGUGGCGCGAGUGGGCGAGUGUGCGGGGGAUGGGUGGAGCAGGCACGGCAGGGGCUGCAGACGAGUCCAGUGGGGAGGUGGCAGGAGGGGCGGAGGAGAUGGGGGCUGCAUGGGUGGGGGCUGGGAGGCCAAUGGGAGGGCAGGGGCCAGUGGGAGGGGAGGGUGAGGGGAGACAAGGCGAGUCAGGUGAGCAAGCGGUUGAGUGGGAAGGGGCUCGGGCACACGCCGCCCAGCAGCUCGUGGAGGCUCGGGCGCAGCAGGAACGGGAAGCGGUGGAUCGGCGGGCACGGGAGGCUCGGGAAGCUCUGGAGCGGCGGCUGAGGGAGGCUCGGGAGGCAGUGGAGCGGCGAGCGAGGCAGGCGGUGGAGAGGGUGGUUGGGGAAACAGGGCUGGAGCCUGGAGCUCCUGAAGGCGGUCGUGGGGCUGCUAAUAACGAGGACGGGGAUGAGGAUGGUGGCUCUGCGCUGGCAAGUGUUGUGGCGGCUGUGGGGGAUGCUGUGAGGGAGGCGGCAGCUGCUGAAGGUGCAGGCAGGGCGCGGAGAGGGGCGUGGGUGGAGGCGGGGAGAGGGGAGACGGUGGAGGAGAGGCGCGCGCGGCUGCAGCAGCGGUUCUCAGCGCUCACCCGCCUCAUGCUGCGCGACCACGCUGCCACCCGCCCCUUCUCGCCCUCUCCUCCUUUCACCUCUCAACUCCAACCGUCCCCUGUCACGAAAUCCCCCCUUAUAACGCUGUUCACUACCCCACGCCCUUCCUUCUUCUCCCAACACCAUACUUCGUUCCUUGGCAUGUUCCUUUGUCCCACUCACUUCCUUGGCCGUUUUGUCUUCUGCCCGCCCGCUCACUCAUCAGUCCGCCCUUCUCUGUGCACACAUCCCUCCCUCCCCCCCCAUCAGCGGCUGGCGGUGUGGCAGGCGUUGGAGGCGGGCAUGGGGGGGGUGGACGCCGCCUUCCACCGCAUCGCCCCCUUCCCCCGCCCCCCCCUCGCGCGCAACUUCCCUCUCGCCUUCCGCCUCGCCGCCAUCGACCGCGACUUCAAUGAGUGUGUCCCGCCCCGCCCCCCCUCCCCUUCAAUGAGUGUGUCGGACUACGAGAUGCUGCUGGCGCUGGACGACAUCUCAGCGCCCGUCGUGCGCCCCGGCGCCACGCCCGAUGAGAUCAACAGCCUGCCCACCGCCCUCGUCACGGCACAUGACAGCGAUCUGGGCCCGUGUGCCAUCUGCAUUGAGGUGCCCUCCCCGCCUGAAGUCAUCCGCCGCCUACCCUGCUCCCAUGCCUUCCAUCGCGAU